AUGCUACACCUAUCUUCUCCCUCCUUUCUCCUCGUUGCUGGGAUGCUUGUCGGCUUGCUCCACUUAUCGCGACGCCGCCGCAACCGCCUCCCUUUGCCGCCGGGACCACCCAAGCUUCCGCUUCUAGGAAAUCUGCUCGACAUGCCGGUCAGCUCGGAAUGGGAGACGUAUUGGCGGUGGAGUAAAGAGUGCAACUCCGAUAUUAUCCACCUCGAUGCCGCUGGAACAUCUAUCGUUGUUCUCUCCUCCAUUGCGGCGACUACCGAUCUUCUCGAUAAGAGGUCGACCUUGUAUUCAGACAGACCACGGCUUCCCAUGCUUAAUGAGCUCAUGGGCUGGGACUUCAAUUUUGUGUUGCUCUAUAUACCGCGCUGGGUUCCCGGAGCAGGUUUCAAGCGCAUAGCUCACGAAUGGCGCAAACUCUCCAUAGCUCUGGUCAAUCAGCCAUUCGACGAGACGAAGCGACAACUGGCCACUGGGGAUGCGCCCCCAUCGUUUACAUCUUCACUGCUCACCGCAACAACCCCCAUAGAGCAUGAAGUCAUCAAGAAUGCCGCUGCGACCACCUAUAGUGCCGGUGCAGACACGACUGUUGCUGUUCUGGGCAAGUUUAUGCUUGCGAUGCUUGCGAAUCCAGAGGCACAACGCCGAGCUCAGUCGGAAAUCGAUGUUGUCUGCGGCGGGAGAUUACCAGGCUUCGAGAUGUUUAAAGAGUCCGAUACAACCAUGCCGUUUGUUUCGGCCAUUAUAAGAGAGCUGUUCCGCUGGCAGCCAACGGUUCCUUUUGUGCCUCACUUUAUCGAGACCGAAGAUGAGUAUCGAGGGUUCAGGAUUCCGGCGCAAUCGAUCGUUGUUGGGAAUAUUUGGGCAAUCCUCCAAGAUGAAGAACGAUAUCCCGACGCUAAAUCUUUUGUUCCCGACCGCUGGCUCCUUCCUUCAGGCGCCCUUAAUCCUGAAAUGCAUAGCGACACCUGGCAGUUUGGAUUUGGGUUCCGGACGUCGUGUCUGCGCGGGGCAAUAUCUUGCGUUGUCGUCCCUGUGGAUAACCAUUGUUUCGAUCCUGAACCUCCCAACGAGUUUGUUGAGGGCUUGAUCAGACAACCGGUUCCAUUCAAAUGCUCCAUCAAGCCACGGUCUGUAGAAGCGGAGAUGACAAUUAGAGAGACUGAAUAG